GAUUGUUUAUCAAAUGGAGGUUUUUUCCGCAAAAUGACUGAAUUUUUGGCUGAAAACAAUGCCUGUGGCCAAAAUCUGCUGAAUAUUGUAUCAGUAGGCAAUUCCAUCAUAGCGGAGAUCCUUCGGCUCAAGGACUACGUGCCGCCAAUUUAUAGGCUGGAGACAAAGGCCGAUCGGGAGAAAUAUGGUGAGAUUAUACUCGACUUUAGCUACUUCAAGAUAGCAGAAGAGCACGAGAAGAUAAUCGAACGGAGCCCGGAGCUGAGCGAACUGGACGAUGAAAUUCGGAGCCAUUUACCGCUGAUUACUCGCUUUUAUCUGGCCUUCCAGAGCCUCCACAACUAUGCGGUGUCACUGCAGCAGUACAUCGAGGAGCUGAACAGUGGCUACUACAUCCAGCAAACGCUGGAGACAGUGCUGCAGGAUGAGGAGGGCAAGCAACUCUUGUGCGAGACCCUCUACUUGUACGGAGUAAUUUUGCUGCUUCUGGACUACCACAUUUGCGGCGAUGUGAGGGAGCGCCUGCUAAUCUCCUACUACCGCUACAGCGGCGGCGACGCCACUCCAAGUGGCGACGAGAGCAACAUCCACGACGUCUGUCUACUCCUGCGCUCCACGGGCUACGUGCACCCCUCGGAGGCCGCCAAAGUGUUGAGUUUGGGCGGGAAACAGGCAUCGUCGGGAGCGGCCAAUCUGUCGGUACCCAAAUACCCGGAGGCGUACUUCUCCCGCUUUCGCUUCGAUGCGAACUUCAUAGAUCUGGUCAUUGCCCGCCUUCGCUGCGACGACAUAUACAACCAGUUGGCCAUCUACCCGCAUCCCACGCAUCGCUCGACGGCGCUCUCGUCCCAGGCGGCGAUGCUCUACGUGUGCCUCUACUUCUGCCCCCAGGUGCUGCACGGCCAGGGCUCGCAAAUGCGCGAGAUUGUGGACAAGUUCUACUGCGACAAUUGGAUUGUGUCCGUGUACAUGGGCAUCACGGUGAACCUGAUCGACGCCUGGCAGGAAUUCCAGGCGGCCAGAGCGGCCAUAGCCAAUACCGUGAAUGCCGCAACCGUGCAGACGCUGUGCCAGCAACAAAGAGAGCAGCUGGCGAAGACGCUCCAAAAGACCAAAGAAAUUGUGCGAGAGGGAGUCCUCGACAGCAGCUUCGUGCUGCAGAACGCCAACAAGCUGAUUGUCCUGAUGCGACAGUGCAAUGUCCUGCUGCGCUGGUACUGCCUGCACACCUCCCGCGAGGUGUUCAUCAUGUCGUGCUCUGCCGUCCAGCCCAGCCAAGUCCACCAGUUGGUGCUCAGGGAGCUGCAGUUCGACCGGAACGCUCUGUACCAUCUCCUGCUCAACUGCAGCCAAAUGGAGUUGACUGUGCGAGAGCUGCUGGGCGAGGUUCAGCAGAGCAGGGACGAGCGCUGGAGCACCAGCCGCGAAGGGGCGAUGCAGCGUCUGCAGGAACUCAGCGAGGCCUUUGCAGGCAGCCGGCCGCUGGCCAAGAUCGAGUCGAAUCCACAGCUGCAGCAGUGGUUCAGUGACGUGGCCAAGCGACUGCAGAAACUGGAACUGGGCAGGCCGCAAAAGUCUGGCCGCCUCAUCAUUCAGGUCAUGGAGGCCCUGGACGAGGUACAGGAAUACCACAAUCUGCACGCCAACAUGCUGGUGAAACAGCAGCUGCAAGAGACGCGGGAUCUGCUCAAUCGGAUGGCACAGUUAAUCAACCUCAAAGAGGACAUUCAGAUACAGAUUCAGAUGAUUACCGACUUUAGCUAUGCGUGGCAUCUGCUGCAGCGGGACUUCAGGCCCCUGAUGCAGGAGCACAUCAAGCGGCAGCCGCACGCAGUCCGCGGCAUUCGUGCAGUGUUCCUCAAGCUGGCCAGCACGCUGGAGGUGCCCCUGAUGAGGAUUAAUCAGGCCAAGAGCGAGGAUCUCGUGUCCGUGUCCAACUAUUACAGCACAGAGCUGGCCAACUUCCUGCGACGAGUGCUCCAGAUUGUGCCGGAGACCAUGUUCAGCAUUCUGGCAAGGAUUAUCCACCUGCUGACCAACGUGAUCAUGGAGUUCCCCACGCGCCUCGACAAGGACAAGCUAAGGGAGUACGCCCAGUUCGAGGAGCGGGCCAAAGUGGCUCAGCUGACCAACUCCAUAGCCGUUUUCACCAAGGGCAUCCUCAUGAUGAAGACCACCCUGGUGGGCGUGAUCGAGUUGGAUCCCAAGCAGCUGCUCGAGGAUGGCAUUCGCAAGGAGCUGGUCAAUCACUUGGCCAAUGCCUACAAUCUGGGGCUGAUCUUCACGCCGGAGAAGGGCCGGUCGCAGGUGCAGCUCAUGCAGCAGAAGCUGCAGACUCUGGCCAAAACCAUCGAGGGAUACCGGAGGUCCUUUGAGUACAUUGAGGACUAUCUGAGGGUGCAGGGUCUGGGCAUCCUGCUGGAGGAAUCCCAGCGCAUCAUCAGCUACAAUGUGGAGAAGGAGUGCAAUGCCUUUCUGCGGAACAAGGUGCAGGAGUGGCAGUCGAUCCAUCAGAGCCAGAUCAUACCCAUUCCCAACUUCCCGCCACUGCAGGGGGAUCCCUCGAACUCCAACAACUUCAUUGGACGGCUCGCACACGAGGUGCUGCGCUGCACAGACCCAAGGCAGACCAUUUUCCUGGACCUCAAGCGCACCUGGUACGAGAAGCGAGCUCCGCACUCGGAGGUGCUGUCCGCCUCUGGGUUCUUUGGCAUUCUGCGCGAAGCUCUCGACCCCGCUGGCAUGGUCGGACUGGAGCGGCUCUAUGCCCACAUGCUGGCGGACGAGCUGAAGCGCAACCUGGAGCGGCUCCAGAAGAACCUCACCUCUGAUCGCAUGUGGCGCAACGCCCUGGAAAGCCUCACGAAAGAGCUGGAGUCUCGAGACUUUCCCGGCCCUGAGGUGGCCAAGCAGCCGCUCAAGUAUUACCAGGACUACACGCAGCGCUGGAUGAAGGUGUGGCCCAGGCUCCUGGACUGGGUGCUCUCGGUGGGCCAGAAGCAGGUGCUGCGCCAGCAAAUCGCCAGCGAGCUGAGCUUCAGCAGCAAGUGCGAGGCCAAGCUGUUGCAGAACUCGGCGGACACGUUGAAUCGCGCCUUUCUGUUGGAACUCUCACGCAACAAGGAGCUGUGCGAUGAACAGGGCGUGGGUAUGCUGACAGAGCUGGAGGACAUCCUCCUCUACACGGGAAACUUUGAGCCAUUGGAGCAGGUGUUCCUCCCCACCAAGAACACACACAAUGUCUCGCUGUUCCUGUUCCUCUUCACCAUUGCCCAUGUGGAUCGCCUGCAGUACUCCGCCAACACGGACUGCCUGCUGCCUAAGGCAGCCAAAGAUGUGAUUGAUUGUGUGCCCCUUGUUGUGGGCCUGCUGACCAUUCUGAAUCAGUUCCACAGGAACAUAAAGAUGCUGUACAUCUCCUACAUGAGCCAGUACGUGGUGACGGUGGCAGAGGCGCAACUAUCGGACAAGGAAAUCCUGGGUACCGAAGUGACCAAUGUGCUCCACUUCCUGCUGCACUUUUUGCGGCUUUGUCGACUGCCUCUGCGAGUCCUCGAGCAGCGGAUACCCAACAUGAUACUCUCCGAGUUCGAGUAUCUGGCCACGGCCGUCAAGUGAGGCGGCUCUUAAGCUACACAAACUUUAAUAAAUUCAAAACAUAACAAAGAAA